CUUAUUUGUGCCAUAACUUAAUCCUUAUAUUUCCUCAGUGAUUCAAAAACCUUAAGAAAAGCAGAUACUAGAGGAGAAGCCUAGUUUUCUAUUCAGAACAUCGAAAAACAAAAUAACUAUAUUCGCCCCGUCAUCUGUUUUUGUUCGCGCCAUGUAAGGGAAUCCAAGACAGUGGGUUCUGGUUUCCGUGUUGUGGAUUCCGGACAACCAAGGGGAGUUAGUAGCUAGGGUAUUAGGUAAGACACUUUUUCAGCGACUUUAAAAGCAAACAAUUUACUAAGGUUCGUGAGAAAGGGGGGAAUUUCAUAUAUCCCAUGAUGCUUCGCGGCAAAUUUGUGUCUUCUUUCCGCGAUGGAAAGAGCGUUCGAGGAUUUCGAGGGAGAUUUUCAACGACCUGAAUUUCAAGAUGCAGCUCAUCCAAGGUAAGUUUUAAUGAGCCCUGUUAAUCUUUGGUAUCUUAUUAAUAAUGUAAAAUGGUCCCAUGGUCAUUUCACGCAUUAUUGCUCUUGUUUACGACCCCGUUAAGCCAUACUGUUUUGACUCGCAAGUGAAUAUUUAUUUAGAUGACUUUCAGUUAUCGAAAACUGUCUUUAUUCUACCAAGGUUUUGCCCUAAUAAAUUAUUUAAAUCGGCGGACAAGGGGUGCUUGAUACUAGUUCCACGCUCCGACCUCUUUCGACCUCGCGAUUUUUAUGGGUUUGAUCGUUUUGAAAUAUCGCAUUUCCUACCCUUUCUCCACUAAGAUGCAAGACGAAGGUUUCAAUUUCUUUAUGCUAAGUCCCGCGACGAUGGGACAUUUUCUCUUGAAUUCGCCCUUUUUUCGUUGAUCAAAACACAAAUAUUAUCUCUUGAGGGUAUGAUGAAUGUUUAAAUUCAAUGGUUUAUAGUUAUUGAAGCUUUUUUUGUCUCAUUAUUUUAGGUAAAUUGGUUUCUCAUGGUGGCUUCCGGUCGCAACCGCGCGUGGGGAACUUGAAAUAUACAGGGCGGCAAAUGUCAUGGAAUAGCACGCCGUAGGACCUCAACCGGCGUAUAAAACCUUUUAAGACAUUUUGAUAAUUCUUUUAGGAUCCAUUGUAGUGAGGAAGUGGGUGUUUUUGUAUAUGUAUUGUGCCAUUUCUUAAUAAAGCUUUUUUCUGUUUAUGUUUGACAAUGAUGCUUAGCUCGUGUUGUGUUACGAAAAAUAUGGAGAUGUCUUUGUUAUUUUUAUUGUUUGAUGGAGCUAUUUCCCUCCUUUGAAUUUUAUCUCCGAUAGACGUCACUUUGCUCUUUAACGGUCUCGGUAUUUUCGACUACAUAAGUCGAGCUUAUUGAAGUAAAAGCGUGUGCAGUCACUGUACGGUUGAUGUACGGCACCGAUGAAUUAUUGAACUGACAAUAUGAACACCCCGAUCACAAACAAGCAACGAAGAGAAAUCUCACACCUAGAAUAUGUAUUUAUUUCAAGACAAGUCGUGGAAAUCGUCUGUUAAUUCAUGGAGAGCUUUGUCAACGCACGUUAAAACAGGACGUCCUGAAGCAAAGACCUUCCUCGCUAGCUUCUACGAUCGUUUGUGUGGACUGCGUUGCUAUCGUAAGUCUAGUUAACUCGUAAUCGGCGGGCAAAACACUCUCUUUGACUUAACAAGAGAUAUAUUUGGAAUAGUAAAACGAAAAUCGUAAAUAGAUCGACACAGCAAAGGUACAGAAAGUUUUAUCGGCAGAACAAGUCGCUUUCCACUGCUGUUCAACAGUCACGUUCUUGUUGAACCGAUAGCAUCACGUGCGUUCGGAAGCUUGAUAAUAUAGUAUGAAGCGAUGCAUCAUGGGAUAUAUGAAAUUCCCCCCUUUGUUCGUGAGUGAGGUUUUCCGGUUUCGGUUUUCUCUUUUUUAUAUUCUCCGUUCGGGUAAUUUCCUUUUUUAUGAUUUACAAUAGGGGGUUCAUUUCGGCUGUUAUGAGUCAAUAAUUUGUUUACAAUAUUUAACUUAUAAUCAAUGAAAAUUUCCAAUUUUAUACACACUGUUUAUACAGCUGUAUACACCGAAUGCAAAUAUGGCGGAUCUCUCGGUCGGCCCGGGGCUAGUUGCGCGAAAGCGAGGCUAGUGAGGCCUCGAUAGUUAUGUUUUGACUGCGCGUCUUAGCGAUUCAGUCGAUGAAUAUGGUUUCCUUCGAGUUGUUACGUGCUUAAGAGCCAUCAAAUAGGAGAUUUAACUCCAGCAGAGACGACAGUUGAUUAUCUUCGCUUCGCCAAAGUUCUUUACGAAGAAAGAAAUGGAUUCAAGCGAUUCGGCGCGGCGAAUAGAGGCACUCUACUAUCACGGAGUUAUUUUUUAAAAGAACGGAAGUGUGCUCGCUUCACUUCAGAAGAGAAGACUCACGAAACUAUUAGAAUGGGUGAAUAACUGAAAGAUUAAUGGUUCUGUUUCAAGUUUGCUUUGUCCGUUCUCUUACCAAGGAAAGGUAAAUAUCCUCGACAACGAGUGAAUCCGCCGUCGCGACUUACCAAUCUUUAGGCGCUCUCAGCGACACAACGACAAACAACAAGGGCGAAUGUUUUUUCACAGUCUUCACGAUCCUAUGUUCAAGAGUUUGAGCAGUGCCAUAAAAGAAGCAAUUUUUGGAAAAUCGCUGUUAGUUUAUCUCGAAACCAUUCGACAAGUUGCUAAAAUAGAUCACGCGCAAGGUCAAAUACAAUGCUUGAAUACUUGCACGCUCUUUUUCUUCCAGAACCUUUUUUCUUCUUCUUACUUUCUUAGUUGGCAACGGUUCCUCCGUUAGUUUUUUCAGUGCAUUUUGGUCAAGGACUGUUCUUGAAAUAUAUCGCUUUCUUCUGGUUCUUACAUAGUUUCGCAGGCCACGCUUGUAGGAUUGACAGGCGAUUGUUAUUGUUGUUGUUAUAUUUUAAUGCAGCUGUUUUCAGCGUGAAAUCUAAAAGAUUUUACGGUCCACCGCGGAUGCUCCCGUUCUCGAGAAUGUUUACCUUUUGUUGGAUAAAUAACAGACCAUGCAAACAUCUUGGAACAGCACCAUCUCUUGUGAAAAUUAUUUGAUUCAAAUACUUUCGUGAGUCUUCUCAUCUAAAGCAAGUGACCGAGCACAGUUUCGCUGUAAAGUGCUCCCCAUCGCCGCGCCGAAUCACAUGAAUUCUUAAGUUUCUUUGUGAAAAGAUCUUGGGAAAGUAAAGGCUAUUCCAGCUAGAGUAAAAUCUUCUUUUUGGUGGCCCUCAGGCAUGCAACAACUCGAUGCAAACCAUAUCGAUCGGCUCAAUCGCUAAGACGCGCAGUCAAAACAAAACUCUCGAGGCCUAACUAGCCUCGCUUUCGCGCAACUAGACCCGGGCCGGCCGAGAGGUCCGCCAUAUUUGCAUUCGGUGUAUACAGCUUGUUUAUGAUCAUGAAACUCUCAUAACAUUCUUGUAACGUACUCAAAACAUAGGAAAAGGCUACAAGUGACAGGACACCAAAAGAAAUGAGUGCGCGUUUUAACAAAAUACCUUUCUAUACUUUAGCGGGGAGUUCCUGAAAUGACGGCAAGAAUAGUUUUCCAUAUCUCAGUUGUAGCUCUCCUGGUCUACAGCGCAUUAACUCAAAAAUGUCCUGCAAGUGGAAGAUCCGAGAGCUCCAUCAUUGGCUGGAUGUUACGGGGACACGUAUACGACACUCUCCUAGCGGAACUUCCGUUUACAUGCGUAUUCAAGUGUCGCGACGACAAUCGAUGCCAAAGUUUUAACUGGGUGAUUUCUCCUCUCACUUGCGAGUUUAACAACAGGACAAAGGAAGCGAGGCCCGAGGACUUCAUUCCAAACCCAGAGAGAUCUUACUAUCCACGAGAUUUAAAGCGAGGUGAGCCAGCAUACCAAGGACGGGGGGGUGGGACUCCCUAUAAUGGCCCAUACGGGGAGGGUCCGACUGGAAGGGGACGAAGUUAAAUUUCGCCUGAACUUUCCUCUUGAACAUUUAGGCUCAAAUCUGUAUUUUGGAGUAAAUUGAAGACCGAUGCUCAGAUGUCAAUUAACAACAAAGGUGGAAGUUCCAAUAGCCUGUACGCAGACGUUGUUUUAUUUGUCUUUUCUGUCUUUCCGAAAACAUCGGCCGCGAGCAAAGCGUUCGAGCCAGAAAGAAAAAUAAAGAACGUCUGUAGACAAGUUUGGAAAAAAAGAGGUUUAUUAAGUCCCUCCCCCACGUCAACGCCUCAUCAUUAUCACCUCAGCGUUUGCAGUACCAAUUAAAUUGGACCAAUGGAAUUGGAGAUAUAAAUGCCUUGUGUAAUUGUCUUAGGUAUUUUACAAUCAAACAACAAGUAUUAUAUGUGGGUGCUAUAGCACUGGGCAAUCAUCCCGUUCCCGUAAAGCUACCGACCCUCCUUUUUUUGAAAGAGAGUAAAGCCAGCUUUUUAGAAAGCGAACACGAUGAUUAUAGCUUUCGGUUUUUAAAAAAACAGAAUGUCCGCAUAACCUCAUGGUUCCGAAGCAAGGUGAUGCAAUGGCUGAAAUGCCAGCUUCUCUCCUUGCUUCAACUUGAUCAUUGAUGAUACUUCGUAAUGCUGAUGCACUGCAAUUCCACGUACUUUUCUCUUCGUUUGAGUUCACUGCCGCGAACAAAAAAAUUAUUAAGGUUUUCCCAAAACCCGUGGGAAGAACCGCCACAAAAUCCUUUUGUUCCAGUAAACCCAAAACAGCAUGGCACUGCUCUUCUUUAAGCACGUACAGUCGUAGCACGUUUUCCAUCUGUUCCAUAGUCUACAAUCCGAUACAAAAGAUAAUUAUGGUCAACAUGGUCAACACAAGCUUGUAGUAUGACUCCAUCCCAAAUUCACAAGUCGGCGGCGCUUUCAAUCGAUGCUAUUUUUUAAUGCAAAAUAAAAUUAGUAAGUGUCGCGGUUAGCGCGUCCGGGCAAUGACAAACGCUUCUACUAGCAUGAAGCGAGCGUGACGAGUCGUUGACAUGAUGAUGACAGGAUAAUCGCCGUUCAGCCAAUGGCAAUUUGCUUUUCCCGGGAAAAGCAAGUUCAGUUGCUUCUAAAAAUGUCUACAGACCGUCUAUUUUCUUCUUCCCCCACCACUACCCCUUUGCGCUGGCGGUUAAUAAAUCCCCUGCCCUCGACGAAUUUUGAAGAGAAAAUAGAGGGUCUGUGAACAGAUUAAAGUUCCACGCACCGGAAAAGGUUUUAGCUAUCGUGACGUGUACUUCAAAAUUGACGUUAUCAUGGGAAGCGAGUUUUGACAGCCGUGUUUUUCAAAAUUUGUAUUUUCUCUAAAAAUAGGUUUUAUUUCUGUUUUUAGUUUAUUUUUAUAUUUAUUUACCUAAUUUAGCAUUAUUAACAUAUUAUUGCAUCUUCUAGUAGAGUAAUGCCAAAAAUAGGAUUUGCUGUGUUCGAUUCUUGGAAGAGCUUCUUCCUCUUCUUCAAUUACUUGGCUCCAUCUAUAAAGAUGAUUCCGGGUUUCCAUAAAAAAAAUAAAAUAAAAUAAAAAUUCCAUUAAAAAAAAUGUUUGUCGGUUUCAAAAAUGUUUAGCCAACCGGGCCUUGAAAGAGGCCAGUGAUGGCGACUCAACCAUGUCUUGCGGCAGGCUGUUAUGAUUCUUUUAUAGUUCUUGGAAAGAAUGAGAAUUUGUGGUAGUUUGUAGAGGACGAAUUAAACAACUUUAUAUGCCAAAUUAUGUAAAUGACGACUUGUGCGCACUUGAGAUUCUGGAACGAGAUACUGGUACUUAUCUAUUUCAGCAAGACCAUUAUUAAGUAUGUACAUCAUAACCAAUCUAUUUUCCUCCUUUAAAUUUCAAGUAAUCCCACCCUAGAUUAUUGAGCAUAUCAGUGACACUUGCUGUGCGAUCAUAACAGUUUGUCACGAAGCGAGCAGAUCGUCUUUGCACCAUUUCUAUUUUCAGUUUUCAAUGUUUAGCUUUGUAUAUAUAAGGGCCCCAUACUACUAAAGAGUAUUCCAAUUGGACAAACUAGACUUUUAUGCGCAAUUGAUCUCAGGGUAGGAGAGUUUAAUUACAGGCUUCUUACUUUUCCUUUUCUUUUCUUUUCUUUCUUUCUUCCUUUUUUUUUUUUUUUUUUUUUUUCUUGUCUUGUUAUUAUAGUUUUGUUUUGUUUGUUUACUAUAUAUUGUAGAUUUUAUAGUGGUCUAUUUUCGUUGUUUUUUUUUUUACUGGCCUUUUUCCCUUUCCUUUUUCUUCUUGCCAUUAGUGCUGCUCUCUCCCGGGCGUACAGUUUAAGCUUGCAUACUGAUAAAUUAAUGAUGAAGAACUGUUUCUGACCUUUCAGUUCCCCUUGGUUCGAUUCAAGAAUUGCCAGCUGAGACUUGUGAGGAAAUAAAGAGGAGUGAAGGACGGGCUGUUAGCGGGAAAUACUGGUUUUCCACUGUAAAAUCUGGUACAUCUGUUCUGGCUUAUUGCGAUAUGAAGACCAACGGUGAGUUUGGUCAUGCAGUUAUGUCAGUUAUAUAUAAUCGGCGACUGAUUAAGCUUGUUAAUUUUUUCGAUAUUUCAUCACGCUGCAUCGCUGACUAAGUUUAACCGGGAGAUGUAAACCAAUCAGGCACACAAGAAAAACUUGAAAUAGGAAUCUUAAGCAAAAACGCAUGUUAGAUAGGAAUGAGUACUCUUUGUGUCACCUGUUAGGGGUUCAUGCCGUUCAUUAAUGUAUGUUUCUCCAGACAUUGACGAAUGCAGUGCUUCUUCUCCUGUAUGUGAUAUUAACGCAAACUGCUUCAAUACUCGUGGAUCUUAUUACUGCACUUGCAAGGCUGGAUUUACAGGCGAUGGAAAAACUUGCCAAGGUAAAUAAGAUAAUUAAGCUAAUUUGAACAGUUUCUUUCAGUUUAGUUAAAUUUAUUUCUCGUUACUAACAGACUUUACAGGUUACAGGAAAAUGUUACUAUAGAAUUAAUAUGAAAGCUUGAGUAUUAUGGCCAAGUGAUAUCAAUUAUGUUUAAAAUAAAUUCAGGCGAUGAACCAGAAAGAGCAAAAUUAAAUAAAUGAAUAAACAAGAACGUCAUAAUAAAAGAGAUGUAAGAAACAAUUACUAACAAUUGAUAACAAUUAAACAAAAGAUUUAGUAUUUAAAUAAGUAAUACGGACAAGUUUUGAAAGAAGUGAGUUUAGGGAGAAUUAGGUAGUGCUAAGACUGGCUAUUCCCAUUAAGAAAGAGGUUUUUUAAUUAAAGUUGUUUUUCUUAGACAUUGACGAAUGCAAUGCUUCUUCUCCUGUAUGUGACAUCAACGCUACCUGCUCCAAUACUCGUGGAUCGUAUUACUGCACCUGUAAGGUAGGACACACAGGCGAUGGGAAAACUUGCCAAGGUAGGAGAAAGUCCUUAUUAAGCUAAUUUGAAGGAAAGUUAGUUUACUGCAGCUGUACCAUCAGAUAUGGGGCAGCUCCUAGCGACGUGUGAUCAUUUAAGAUGGCGGCUAAUCUGGUGACGUGCUCCAGACCUCGCUUACAAAUUUCUUAAAUUUCCUUCUUAAUUUCAUCAACACAUUUCCACUAGUAUUUGUGACUAUUUUAGCUUAUAAACUGCUUCUGAGUAAAACUACCCCUGUGAAAAUACUGUACAAGUAAAAUAGGGCCUAUUAUGCACAGCCAAGUCCUUGGCAGCGUGGACUUGGAUUAUAAAACGUCUUGAGAAGGAUCUUUCCUCAAACUCUUUUCUUAUACAGAUGUGAACGAGUGUCAAACAGGAUCAUACUCUUGCCAUGCUCAGGGUCAGUGUGUUAAUGUUCCUGGCUCCUACUCUUGCAAAUGUUUACCAGGCUACACGGGCGACGGAAAAAGCAAAUGUGAAGGUACAUAUUUCCAAAAUUUAAUAAGUCAAAAUGCCAAUAUAUUUAAGGGACUGGCCAUAAGUAUAGGCGGGUGUUCCGGGGACAGAGAAGUGGUGGGUCAUCCGUUUUUGCAUCCUUUGCUUGGGGUGGGUCGAUCAAUUUUCAAUUAACCUUAGGGGGCGUGCAUAUAUAAUUGAUACUAAUGAGAUAGUUUGGGCAUAGUAAGUAUAUAAAACAGAACAAUCCGAAAUUAUUGCUUUGAAAAUUAUCUUAAACAUCUUCUGUCUUUUUUAAAAGGCAAUAGUAAUGCAAUAAAAUAUAUGAUGCUCGUAUUUUACAUUUCAUUGCUGUUUAACAUUCUCCUAACUUAACGUCUCAGUCGCACAAGGAGUUUGGGGAAGGGCGUGGUGUUUGCCAUCCCCCUCUGUUGGUUUUCUUUUAUACGCCCCCGUGGUGCGUGCAAAACAAACCAACUACGCGACUACCAAUCGAAGCGAACGACUUCUUUAUCGCUAAAAGCCAUGCAAUCUGCAACCUCUGCGUCGUUACACCUGUGAAUGUAAACAAUAACUUACCUUCUAACGUUACUUCGACUAACUCUUCACUUCAUACAAAUUUGUUCGCCAGUCCACGUUCAACUUUCCUAAACUUUGCGGUCUUCAGUUCUAGAUCUGUUAGAAAUAAAAUCGAGAGCAUUAUUGACCACGUUGUAGAAAAUGACAUUGGCCUCUGCACCGUUACCGAGACCUGGUUAAAUGACGCUGAUUCCGUCAGUAUUUCUGAGUUAUCUGUGGCCGGUUAUUUCUUCAAGAAUUUUUCUCGACAAUCGCAAAACCAUGGUGGUGGAACUGGGAUUCUGUUUCGAGACUCUGUCAACGUUUCAUUAGUGGAUGGGAAGGAAAACAAGUCCUUCGAAUAUUCCGAGUGGAUUGUUAAAGUGCACGAUCGCUCAAUGAGACACAUAAUAGUGUAUCGACCUCCAUAUUCUUCGUUACAUCCUGUUUCUGCCUCUGUUUUCUUGGAUGAAUUCUCUCAGUUUUUAGAGAAUGUUGUUAUGUGCCCCGAGGUUCUUGUUAUCUUAGGACACUUCAACUUUCAUUUAGAUGACCUUCGUAACAAUGACACCAUGAAAUUUAUGGAUUUACUGGAAACGUUUAGUCUUUCACAACACGUCUCCGGCCCGACCCAUUUAUCGGGUCAUACCUUGGAUCUAAUUAUUACUCGCUCGUCGGAUGAUGUUGUUCUUGCUUCUCCUAAAGCUACUUUUCCCAUCUCCGAUCAUUUUAUUAUUCAGUGUCCUAAUGGCUUCCCUCGACCAGCUUUAUCAUGCAAGGGGAACUGACUUUUCGUAAACUCAAAAAUAUUGAUAUUGCCGAAUUGUCAACUGAUAUUGCCUCUUCUAUGCUUUGUGCAAGCGUACACUGGGACAACAUUGAUGCACUCUCCGAAUUUGGCACCUUCUUCCUCAAAAAAAUUGAAAUCAUAAAGGAAAAUCUUGACAAGUUUCAAGUUCAAGAGCCUUGACUUGCUCCUGUUACUCCAAAGGAGAAUCUGGAGAAUUUUUCUUCGCUAUCCAUGGAAGAAGUGUGUAAGAUUGUUAGAGAAUCCUCCAAUGCCUCUUGUCGGUUGGAUCCUGUUCCUACAUGGCUAGUGAAGUCCUGUCUUGAUGUAUUAGCGCCCUCUAUCACUGAGAUGGUUAAUCUUUCUCUUCUCAGUGGUUGCGUUCCAGAAAAUUGGAGAACCGCUGUUGUCAUCCCUCUAAUGAGAAAACCUGGACUUGAUUUGGUCUACAAAAAUUUCCGUCCAGUCAGUAAUCUUCCAUUCAUUUCCAAGGUAGUGGAAAAGGCUGCACUUCAACAACUUCUCGUCCACUAUGAGAAAAAUGCCCCUCUUCCUAAAUUCCAGUCCGGCUUCCGUAAGUAUCACUCGACAGAGACUGCUCUAUUAAAGGUUCAAAACGACAUCUUAAUGAGUAUGGAUAAUAAGGAAGUGACACUUCUCGUACUUUUGGACCUAAGUGCUGCUUUUGAUACCAUUGAACAUUCCAUUCUUCUGAAUAUCUUGCAACAGGAAAUUGGAGUCGUCGGAACUGCUUUAAGUUCGUUCGACUCAUUUCUGUCUGGUCGCAAACAACGUAUACUUGUCGGUGAUAAGACUUCUGACGACUUCAAUCUGAACUGUGGAGUCCCCCAGGGCAGUUGUAUGGGGCCUACUGUAUUUACUCUCUACGUCUCUCGCCUCUUUAACAUUAUUUCUCGGCACCUCCCUUCUGUCCACGGUUAUGCUGACGACACCCAGAUUUACCUCUCCUUCCGACCUUGUUCCAUCCAUUCGGAAAUUAACGCUGUCUCUGUGAUUGAAAAGUGCAUCGCUGAUGUUCGCUCUUGGUUUAUUGGAAAUCGUUUUUUGAUCAAUGACGCGAAAACUGACUUUCUAAUUAUUGGCACCCGUCAACAACUUGAAAAAACAUCUAUUGAAUCUGUUAUAAUUGGUGACACUGUCAUUAAACCUUUAGAAAGCGUCCGGAACCUUGGGUCCUGGUUCGAUGCUCAAAUGCAAAUGCAUGUUCACAUAGGCAAGAUUUGUAGCAAGGCUUUUCGCGGACUAUACAACAUAAGACAGAUCAGAAAAUUCCUCACCGUGCAAUCCACAAAGACACUGAUCCAUGCCUUUGUAUCUUCGCACCUUGAUUACUGUAACGCACUUCUAUUUGGUGUACCCAAAUAUCAGCUUGAUCGUUUACAGAAAGUCCAGAAUGUCGCGGCUUGGGUGACUUUUCAGAUUGCGAAAUUUGAUCAUAUCACACUCGCUCUUAUCGACCUACAUUGGCUUCCAGCAACGUUUAGAGUUCAGUUCAAAUUGCUCCUUUUUGUUUACAAGUCUCUACACAACCAAAGUCCAUCCUACAUUAAAGAUCUUUUAUCCCUGAAACCAGCUGCUAAUUAUGCUUUUCGUUCGUCUGCGCAAUCUCUUCUGUUCGUUCCAAAAGUCAGCUGCUCUACACUUGGGGAUCGGGCCUUUGCUCAUUCUGCACCUGUUUUAUGGAACUCGCUGCCAUUGACUAUAAGAACAAGUAGCAGCCUCGCCAUUUUUAAAAAGCAACUUAAAACAUUUAUUUUUAAGAAAGCUUUUAAUUUGUUGGAAUAGUUCUAAUGUUUAAUUUUAAUUUAGUUUGAAGUUUUUAGAUUUUACAAUAGCAUAGCAUAUCAUUGUUAUUAUUAUAGCUUUCAGGAAUUUUAAAAUUUUUUAUUUAUUAUUUAUUCAUUAAUUUUAACUUAAUGUAAAGCGCUUUUGAAUAUUCUUCUAUAGUUUUAGCGCUAUACAAAUUCAUUAUCAUCAUCAUCAUCAUCAAUAGAGAAACCUCUGCUCGCAGAGUAAUCACUAUAUAAACAAAAACGGAGAACAUUUUAUUUUUAAUUUUUUGCAUAUUUGUUUACUUUUGUUUUGUGUUAGUGAAAAAGGGAGUUGGUAGGCCUGCACUACUUUCAUCUCAUUUAAUAUGCGUGUGCUUGUUCAUUUUCUUUUCUCUCCGGCUGGUAGGCUAGGCUUUCCAGUAAUAUUUAACCAGUCCCUAACACAAAUGGUUUCUCCAGAGGAGACAAGAAAACCAUUUUCAUUUCUACAUCUCAUCCCACAGGCAGCCGAAGCUCAUAAUGAGAGUUUAAUAAUUAAUACGCGGUAUCAUUUUGUGCAGACUUAAAUGACUGUUAACAUGAAGGAUCUGUAUUCGAGUCCAGGUAAUGAAACUCAAGAGUCUAAAUAUUUGCUGGAAUUUCCAAUAAAAAACCGUCUAACUUGUUUACUUGGUUUGUUUUUGCUUUCUGUGUGGUUAUUUUUCCGAUCCGCUUCGAUUUAAGCGAUUUCCUUUACCCGAGUUUUCCGACUACUAAAAAGAGGACUGCUCCCCUCAUACAACAAGCAAGAACAAACCAAGUAAAUAAAGUAAAGUGUCUUUUAUUGAAAAUUCCAGCUAUUGUUUAUUUUCUUGAAUCUAUUACCGUAUUCCCAUACAAACUCUUCAUGUUUAUGGCUAUUUUGGGGAUUAACCAAUAUGAUACCAGACGUAUUAGAGUUUUAGCCUGCGUAGCAGGCGUUUGAAAGUGAUCGCUAGAAGCAGGCUAUCUGAACUUGGGCUGCCUGUGGUUAUCCGGGUCACGUAAAAGCAAAGUUGAACGUGAAGUAAAUGUGAUUUAAAAUCAAAUUUGCUUUUGCCUUACACUUUUGUGACAGUUCCUACAAUGACGGCGACAAGCUCCUGCUCUAAUCUUCUUAUGCGUGACGCCAGCAAACCAAGUGGUACGAUUUACUCAACUCGUAGCUCGGCAUACGGUAGUAAUAUGGAUUGCCGAUGGAAUCUAACUUCGAAUACAGUGAUUGAACUUUUGUUCUACUAUUUCACGACCCAAUCGUCGGCAGACUAUGUAAGUGUGUACGAUGGUGACUCGACCUCCGCACCUCUGAUUGGCAGAUUUAGUGGAAGCUCCCUCCCGGCGUCUAUCACAAGUUCGUCCACCAAGCUAUAUGUGAGGUUUACAUCUGAUGGCUCUUCGGAGUAUAGCGGAUUUAUCGCGCGUUACCGAGGUAUUUUCAUUCGUAGACAUGGGCUUCCUGGUUAGCAUGAUAAGACCUUCUCAGGCUUAAACAUGAAAAAGUGACAAUAGUCUAACAACAUUUAGUUUCGGUUCAACCUUGUGUGCGAAAUUAUUAGACUUUGACUGUAUAUCUACCUGGAGUUUUGAAAACGUUAGCCAAAAAACUAUCUCCAAAGUAGCCAAUAUAAAAGCUAGGUGCUUUUUCCUCUUCUCCUCCUUUCUUUCUCCUCGUUCUUGCUAUUCUCAAGUAAAGCCUGGGUCUAAUUGGCUUACGUUUUGAAAAUGAUAUAUUGGCUGUGACUUCGGCACAGAGGAUGGAGGGGAAUCAAAAUUGGCACACAUUCAAAAAAACCUCAUCGUGCUUAACAUAAAGUAUAAUUAUUGUGUUAUUAAGUCAAGUGGUAUGUCACGUGACCAUUUUUUCGGCUAAAACUCUUAAAUAAUUGACAAACUAGUAACGAGUUUAAGGAAAGAAAUCAAGCAAUAACAUUUUUCUCAUUCGUAUUAAAUAUUUCUAACACUCAAAGUCAAACUUUAUUGAGAGAUUUUGCAAAGUAUUCAAGGAUACAGACACCAACACUAGCCCGCAAAAUAGCUAGAGCUAAUCUAGGCGGGUAGUGGAAAGACUGUUUAGUAAAUUUAGCAGUAAAUAAGCAGGUAGUAUGAAUAUGUAUGCUAAUAGUAAUUUAUGUUAAGGACUGAAAGGAAGAAAGUGGGUAAAUAAAGCUACUUUGGACAUACAUUUUGAAAUUUAUUGAUACGGGUGGGUAUGCCAACAUAUAAUUAUCCUCUCUCUUCACGUUUGGAAUGACUGUCCAUAAAAAAAAAAAAAAAUAUGAGGGAAUACUUCUUAUUAUAUAAACACCAAUGAAGUACAGGGGUUAAUUAAUAAAACUUUUACACGUAUAAUUUGCAAGUGUAUUAUUUUAUAGUCUGAGAACAAUAGCCACACUUGUAAAUUACACGUGUAAAAGUUUUAUUAAAUUGACCCCAGGUGAGCUUUCGCGCAAAAACAUGAUAUCUUCAUUCGCUAAAAUAGCGUCUUAUUUUCACAAGUGAAAAGAUCAUUGUUUCUACGGCUACAUAAUAUAUCGCGCCUUUAGCAGCAAAAAAAUAUUUUAGAGAAAUGCCAUGACGGCAUCACUUUGGUUUUUAUGUAAUAAAAAGAACAUUACAUGACCACUUGGAGAUACAAAAUUUCCCUACUCAUGUUGAAAAAUAUUUCACUCGUUCGCUGUGCUCACUCGUUAAAUAUAUUUCUACCCACGAAGAGAAAUUUCGUAUCUCCUCGCGGCCAUGUAAUAUCCUCUAUAUUUUAAAAGCCCAAAAUUAAUCUUUAAUUCUUAAAACUUUAAUUUUAAACUUUGCGUACGUUCAAUCCAAACGUAGAAAGUAAGGUAUGUUUACCCUCUGUCAGAAACGCCAAUUCAUUUAUCCAAACAAAGUAAACUCGCCACCAAUCCGCCAAUCUCCUUCAUGUUCAAUUUCUGGUGGUGUAACAUGUCACGUGACCAUUAUUUUAUGGCACAAGAAGACCUCAAGAUUUAGGUUUGGGAAAAAAUUCAUUUUGUUCUAGGUAUCCUAGCGAGAGAUAUUGUCAAUCAAUCGAAAACAUCUUUGACCCAGACCUUAAACCCUUGAGUUUUUCCUCUCCUUCUCCUUCUUUAGUAUGAUAUUCGGCCUUAUCAGACGCUUUUUGGUCCUUUUCCUGUCAACUGAUUGCAAAUCUUGCUAUGUUCGUGUCGACCCGAGCGACAAAUUUGACCCACCAGAACGGACUUUUAGAAAGUGUACAUUAUAACAAAAUAUGGUGUCUAAUAAUAAACCCACUUUACCUUUUAUUUGAACGCUAGCUUUGACCUCAGGUUCAGUUCGUCUCAAAGAUGGCACCUUAUCUGCUGGAAGAGUCGAAGUGUUCUAUGAUGGUCAGUGGGGAACAGUUUGCGAUGACGCUUGGGACAUGAAUGACGCUAACGUGGUCUGCAGACAGCUUGGUUUCUCGCAGUUAGCCACUCACGCUUGGAGCGGCGCCUAUUACGGUCAGGGCUCUGGUCCCAUAUGGAUAGAUGACGUGGCCUGCUCAGGUAGCGAAUCACAUAUCUACGAUUGCAGACACCGUGGAUGGGGAAACAAUGACUGUACACACAGCAGAGAUGCCAGUCUGCAGUGUUCUUAUGGUUCUGCUAACAUUUUUUUGGCGAAUGGCGGUGUUAAUUAUGGCCGAGUUGAAGUUUAUCACAACGGCCGAUGGGGCACAGUCUGUGAUGAUCACUGGGAUAUCAAUGACGCUCAUGUAGUUUGCCGUCAGCUUGGUUUCCCCAGUGCGUCCUCGGCACCAUGCUGCGCGAGAUAUGGCCAAGGAUCUGGCACUAUCUGGAUGGAUGACGUCCAGUGCAGUGGAACAGAGGCUUCAUUGUUUCACUGCACACAUUCUGGCUGGGGAAGAGACAGCUACUGUAAGCAUUACGAGGAUGCAAGCGUGGUCUGUAACACUUAAAUGACCUGUUUGCGGAUGCGGCCAUGCUUAAUUUGGAUUCAUAGAAAUU